AUGGCGGUCAACGCGAGUUUCGUAUCGCCCACGGCUGAUGCAAAAGUCGCUCAGGUGCUCGCACAGUUCGAUAGCAAUGGCCUGUUAUCGACCGUCUUCACCGGCUUCACCGUCUGGAAGCUGGUCUUGACUCUUGUCGUAACGGCUAUCGCAUACGACCAAUUCAAAUACAUCUGGAACAAGGGCUCUAUCGUUGGCCCGUCAUGGAAGAUACCUUUUAUUGGACCAUUCCUCGAGUCGGUCAACCCAGACUUUAACAAAUACCACGAAAAAUGGGCGUCGGGCCCUCUGAGCUGCGUCUCAGUCUUUCACAAAUUCGUCGUCAUUGCCUCGACCCGCGACAUGGCUCGCAAGAUCUUCAACUCGCCAAGCUUCGUAAAGCCAUGCGUCGUUGAUGUCGCCUACAAGCUUCUGCGCCCCGAGAACUGGGUGUUUCUCGACGGCCGUGCCCAUGUCGACUACCGCAAGGGCCUGAACAGCCUGUUCACCCGCCAAGCGCUCGAACAGUACCUCCCGGGCCAGGAGGACAUUUACAAUACCUACUUUAAGCGCUUCGUACAGCUCUCGCAGGUGGAGAACAAGGGCAAGCAUGCCCCGUGGAUGCAGCAGUUCCGUCUGAUGAUCACGGCCCUGAGUUGCCGCACUUUUGUCGGCCACUACUGCUCCGACGAAGCUGUCAAAAAGAUCGCAGACGACUACUACCUGAUUACCGCUGCGCUCGAGCUCGUCAACUUCCCCGUCAUCAUCCCCUUCACCAAGACCUGGUACGGCAAGAAGUGCGCCGACAUGGUUCUGGAAGAGUUCUCAAAGUGUGCUGCCAAGAGCAAGGUCCGCAUGGCGGCCGGAGGCAAGAAGGAGUGCAUUCUCGACUUCUGGGUAGACAACAUGAUUGAAUCGGAAAAGUACCGCAAGAGGGUUGAAGCUGGCGAGAAGGUCGAUGACUCUGAGAAGCCAGCUACCGUGAUUCGCUGGUUCAGUGAUCUCGAAAUCUCCAUGACCAUUUUCACCUUCUUAUUUGCUUCGCAAGACGCUACUACCUCUGCUGCCACGUGGCUCUUCCAGAUCAUGGCCGACCGUCCCGAGUACUUGGACAAGAUUCGCGAGGAGAACAUCAAGGUCAGGAACGGCGACAUCCACGCCUCUAUUUCGCUCGACACUAUUGAGAAGUUGCAAUGGACUCGCGCUGUUGUCAAGGAGACGCUCCGCUAUCGUCCCCCAGUCAUCAUGGUUCCCUACCUCGCUAAGAAGGACUUCCCCAUCUCGCCCGAAUACACGGUGCCCAAGGGCUCCAUGGUCAUCCCCACCACGUACAUGGCUCUGCACGAUGCGGAGGCAUACCCUAACCCCGAUUCGUUCGAGCCGGAGCGAUGGAUCACUGGUGAUGCCGACCAACAAACCAAGAACUGGCUCGUAUUCGGCACAGGCCCACACUACUGUUUGGGCCAGACAUACGCACAAGCGAACCUCAUGCUAAUGAUUGGUAAGGCGAGUAUGUUGCUCGACUGGGACCACCAAGUCACGGAUCAGAGUGAGGUAAUCAAGGUGUUCGCUACAAUCUUCCCCAUGGAUGACUGUCUGCUCACAUUCAAGGACCGAACAGCGGCAUAGGUAGCUGGUGUUUGGUUGGCUACGAGAUGCGCAUUUCCGAUGGACUUUUAUUGCAUUUACAUCCGUAGAUAGUGGAGCUGAAGUUCAGAUUCUUUCCCCCAAGGGCAAAGGUACAAGUGCCUUUGGUCUUGCCUCUUAGAUUUUAAUGACUACGGCCUUGGCGCUCAUCGAGAGGUGGCCCAUUGGCUUCAUGAGUACCGAAGCUGGGAUGAAAUAAUACUGGUAUGAUGGGUAGGAGACUCUAGGAAGAGUAGUGGACAAUCAAAGUGAACGAAAUAAUAAUAUGGAAACAAAUGCUUUUG